AGGGAGGAAGCCCGGCUGCUGCUGACUUCCUCGGAUCUGGACCCAGCCCCAGCCCGGCCCCAGCCAGCCCCGACGGCGCCAUGCGGGGUCCGAGCCGGGCCCUGUGGCUGCUCCUGGCUCUGCGCACCGCGCUUGGUGGCAUGGAGGUGCGGUGGUGCGCCACCUCGGACCCAGAGCAGCAAAAGUGCAGCAACAUGAGCAAGGCCUUCCGGGAAGCGGGCAUCCAGCCCUCCCUCCUCUGCGUCCAGGGCACCUCGGCUGACCAUUGCAUCCAGCUCAUCGCGGCGCAGGAGGCUGACGCCAUCACUCUGGAUGGAGGAGCCAUCUAUGAGGCGGGAAAGGAGCACGGCCUGAAGCCCGUGGUGGGCGAAGUGUACGACCAAGAGGUCGGUACCUCCUAUUACGCCGUGGCUGUGGUCAAGAGGAGCUCCCGUGUGACCAUUGACACCCUGAAAGGCGUGAAGUCCUGCCACACGGGCAUCAAUCGCACAGUGGGCUGGAACGUGCCCGUGGGCUACCUGGUGGAGAGCGGCCGCCUCUCGGUGAUGGGCUGCGAUGUACUCAAAGCUGUCAGCGACUAUUUUGGGGGCAGCUGCGUCCCGGGGGCAGGAGAGACCGGUUACUCUGAGUCCCUCUGUCGCCUCUGCAGGGGUGACAGCUCUGGGGAAGGGGUGUGUGACAAGAGCCCCAGGGAGAGAUACUACGACUACAGCGGGGCCUUCCGGUGCCUGGCGGAAGGGGCAGGGGACGUGGCCUUUGUGAAGCACAGCACGGUACUGGAGAACACAGAUGGGAAGACACUUCCCUCCUGGGGCCAGGCCCUGCUGUCACAGGACUUCGAGCUACUGUGCCGGGAUGGCAGCCGGGCCGACGUCACCGAGUGGAGGCAGUGCCAUCUGGCCCGGGUGCCUGCUCACGCCGUGGUGGUCCGGGCCGACACGGAUGGGGGCCUCAUCUUCCGGCUGCUCAAUGAGGGCCAGCGUCUGUUCAGCCACGAGGGCAGCAGCUUCCAGAUGUUCAGCUCCGAGGCCUAUGGCCAGAAGGAUCUGCUCUUCAAGGACUCUACCUUGGAGCUCGUGCCCAUCGCCACGCAGACCUACGAGGCGUGGCUGGGCCCCGAGUACCUGCACGCCAUGAAGGGUCUGCUCUGUGACCCCAACCGGCUGGCCCCCUACCUGCGCUGGUGUGUGCUCUCCACUCCUGAGAUCCAGAAGUGUGGAGACAUGGCCGUGGCCUUCGGCCGGCAGCGACUCAAGCCGGAGAUCCAGUGCGUGUCAGCCAAGUCCCCCCAGCACUGCAUGGAGCAGAUCCAGGCUGGGCACGUCGACGCUGUGACCCUGAGUGGCGAGGACAUUUACACGGCGGGGAAGACGUACGGCCUGGUUCCCGCAGCCGGGGAGCACUAUGCCCCGGAAGACAGCAGCAACUCGUACUGCGUCGUGGCCGUGGUGAGGCGGGACAGCUCCCACGCCUUCACCUUGGAUGAGCUUCGGGGCAAGCGCUCCUGCCACGCCGGUUUCGGCAGCGCUGCAGGCUGGGAUAUCCCCGUGGGCGCCCUCAUUCAGAGAGGCUUCAUCCAGCCCAAGGACUGCGACGUCGUCACAGCGGUGAGCGAGUUCUUCAAUGCCAGCUGCGUGCCCGUGAACAACCCCAAGAACUACCCCUCCUUGCUGUGUGCGCUGUGCGUGGGGGACGAGCAGGGUCGCAACAAGUGUGUGGGCAACAGCCAGGAGCGGUACUACGGCUACAGCGGCGCCUUCAGGUGCCUGGUGGAGAAUGCGGGUGACGUUGCCUUCGUCAGGCACACAACCGUCUUUGACAACACAAAUGGCCACAAUUCCGAGCCCUGGGCUGCUGAGCUCAGGUCAGAGGACUAUGAACUGCUGUGUCCCAACGGGGCCCGAGCCGAGGUGUCCCAGUUUGCAGCCUGCAACCUGGCACAGAUACCACCCCAUGCCGUGAUGGUCCGGCCAGACACCAACAUCUUCAUCGUGUAUGGACUGCUGGACAAGGCCCAGGACCUGUUUGGAGACGACCACAAUAAGAAUGGGUUCAAAAUGUUCGACUCCUCCAACUAUCAUGGCCAAGACCUGCUUUUCAAGGAUGCCACCGUCCGGGCGGUGCCUGUCGGAGAGAAAACCACCUACCGCGACUGGCUGGGGCUGGACUACGUGGCGGCGCUGGAAGGGAUGUUGUCUCAGCAGUGCUCGGGCGCAGCAGCCCCGGCGCCCGGGGCGCCCCUGCUCCCGCUGCUGCUGCCCGCCCUCGCCGCCCGCCUGCUCCCGCCCGCCCUCUGAGCCCCGCCGCCCCGCCGGAGCCCGCGCCCUCGGAGACCCGCCGCGCCCCAGAGCUCCCGGAGCUGCGAUUCCCGCCUGGGGAGUUUCCGCGGCGGCUUCGCGCUGGAAUCCAGAAGGAAGCUCGGGAAGGCCGGGCCCGGCGCGGGCGGAAACAGGCGCCUCCCCGGGAGCCCUGCCGCCCACGGGCGCCACCUGGCGCUGCUACCUGAGGCGCCGCCCCCGGCCCGCGCGGCCCUUCCCGCCAACCGCCGCCUCCCGCCACCUGGAGCCGCGCGGGCCGCACCGGAGGAGGCCGGUUGCCCAGGAAACCGCUGAGUCCGGGCUUCCCGCCGCCCGCCCCGCAGAGUCGCCCGAGGGGCCCGCCAGCCUCCUCCCCGCAGCCCUGCGUCCCCGUCCGCGAGGUCCCCUGGGGACGAGGUGGCCACCGAGGCACCUACACCCGGAGGCCCUCCAAGGAGACCCGGCCCUUGGGACAGCGGCCUCUCCUGGCGGGGGAGGGAGGGAGACCGGACCAGGGUGACGGGGAGAAACCCACCAGGGACCCCUAGGGGAAGGGCGCGCUCGGGGAGAAGCCUUCGCCAGCAGGACCUUGUCCGGGGUGGGGGCUCCAGCUCCUCCGACCGCCCGUGCGCUGGGAGGGAGGCCGACCCCGGGGAACUGCGUGCCCUGCCUCGUCCCCCACUGUGGCCGCGCCAGCUCCAUCCCGGGCCAGCCGCGUCCACGGAUCCCCCUCCUGAGUCUCCUCAGGCUCUCGCCUCCCCUACCCCCAUGGGAUGCCCACCGCCCGCACCCACGCCCAAGCCUGGCAGCAGCCGCCGCCCCCAGCCUGAAGGGAGCCGGAGGUGACCCAGGCCGCGGGCUCCCGAGGCCCCCUGAAGGGCUGGGCGUGGGGACAUGCCAUUCUUCUGGGUUCCGAGCGAGCGGGGGUGAGCUCCGUCUCCUCACCCGGCCCUGCACCUACUGGGCCUGGGGACCACUCACUCCCCGUUCCCGCCCCUGCGCGAGGCAGCAGAAAGAGCCUGGCCAGGGCCUCUCUCUACUCCAUUUUGCCACAGUUGUCUGAGAAGCCAGAAAAAGUUUCCAGAACUGCCAGCCCUUAAAAAAAAAGAAAAGGAAGAGAAGAAAUGGGAGCAGGCAGCCCUCGUCAGCAGACGGGGAGCCGCGUGGGCCCGGAGCUAUUUGCAUUCCGGUCUGCGGGGGCUCGGGGAUGCUGGUGACAGGCCUGGUUCCUGGUGGCUCGCCCCCACCUGUGGGCGUCGGGAAGGAUCCCUUCCAUCUCUCAGCCGCAGAGGAGGCCCUGGCAGCGUCCUGGCUGUAGCCAUGCAAUCCCAAGGAGUCCUGGUCACCCCACCGGGAGGGGCCACAAGGACCUGGGCCUCUGCCACCAAGCUUUGUCCCCUCUUGCUGUAGGGAGCCAGUGAUUCUCCUCCGACCCGAUGAUUGCUUGCUUUUUUUAAAAGGGAGAUUUGUGCGGUGAGAAGUGUGUUUCUGUGUGGCUACUCUGGGCUAGUGUGCUGUGGGCCACUGAAGGUGUGGCCUGCAUGGGUGUAGUGUAAGUGACGUUGGAUUGUCAGGUGGCAGUAGGGGGCCCCUGCUGUGUCAGUGCGAAUGAAAGAUGUUGGUUUGUUUCUAAAAUAAAGCCAAACAAGCCUGCACGUGCAGAGGCUUGGACCCUGAUAGAAA